CUACGAACAGAUGAAGUGUAGCAGGAUAUAUAGUUUCCUUUCAAACUUUGAUGUUUUCUCGAAUUUUUACGGAACAAUUUAUACAGAAAUAUGACAGAAGACGUAUUUAAAGCUCCCAAGGCCAAGAAGUCUCAUCACAAGGAUGAACAUGAGGCAUGGUCCCCAAAGGCAAAAAGACGGAGGACAAAAGAUGACUUUUUCUCGUUUUGUAACAUCGUGUUGACGUACACUCAGUAUGAAGCUGAGAAACAAGAGGAGGAGCGAGUGCGUCACAACUCCAGUCCACUCGACAGCGGUGGCAGCACCGCAGAGAGCUUCACGUCAGACACGACGCUGUCUGACUCGGCCAGCAGUUCGAUGACAGGGUAUCCCGAGGAGAGCGUGAGCUAUGAGACACCCAGGCGUUACAGCCGCCAGAAGUCCAAUCCGGCAUUACAAGCUGGAGUUGAUGAAGACUCACCGGACCUCAUCACGUGUUUCUGUCUGAAGCCGUACGCCGGCCGCCCGAUGAUCGAAUGCUCAGAUUGCCUCUCUUGGAUCCAUUUAUCGUGUGCGAAAAUCCGCAAGAACAAUAUCCCGGACGACUUUAUCUGUCAGGCUUGCAGGGACAUCGCGCAAACGAAACGCAAGUCGCAGCGACACCGUGUUGGCAGUAAACGUCUGUCCACGUAGCGUUGACUCGUGUUUUAUGCAAAUUGUGCAAUCUGGACCUUUUGUCUUGUUGUGGAGGUUCUGUUUCUGUGUUGUGGUUCCUCGUCAGGCACAGAUUGGAAUAAUCUCAUGUUGAAAAUGGCCGACAUAAAAACACCGUUUGUGCCACAAGUGACAUUGCAAGAUCGUAAACAUCGUGUCCAGCCCUGGCAUUAAUAGAUACCACGUAUAUUGAGUAUAUGUACCUCUGCUGGUUAAGUUCGGUCGCUAGAGCUGUGUGAGCCAUCUGUAGAAGUGUUCUGUCUUUUGUUUGGGUAGAAUGGUGAUCCAUUUCGAUAUCAUGAUAGUUCUCGGCAAAUGUCUGGCACAUUUGCUCAAGCCGUGACAAUCCGGACACUUUCUUCCGAUUGGCUUUUCAUUCCGUGUCUGACCGGAACCACCAAGGCUCAUUGAGUCAUACUUAACACCCCCACCUUCUGAAGUGGACUUGUUCUUAUGCAUAACUGGACCAGUCCAUAGAGAGAGAUGGGGGUGUAAAUGUGGAUGACUCAAUCUUUUUGAAGCCAAGUUCUUGAGACAUAUCUGGUUAUUGUCCGGAUAAUCUGAUGUUAUUUGUGUCAAUUUGUGAUACUUGGAAGGAUUUGGGUUAAUGCAAGUAUCAACAGGUAUCUUGUACCCCUCCCCCGAAAAGGAAUUGACAAAAUUUCGGUAAGGCGUGACAACUCUAAUGUGUCCAACGAGCCAAACAGAGGCUAUUUUGUGUGUGACACGUCACAAGGUGACAAGCAAACACAUCAUCAUUGCAAGUUUUGGAAAUUCAUGUUAGAGAUUCACCAAGCAAUCAUAAAUCAACCGUAAGGUUAUACAGAGCGAACGUGGUUUGUCUACCCUUGAGAGGGGAGGGUAUAAGGUACACAUUGAUAAUUGCAUGAGAUUGUGCUGAACCAUUGUGAUGACAAAGACAGUGGUUAUCCUUGGAAAGGCGAACCCACGACCUCGUGAUUAUGGGCCCGGCACUCCAACCACUAUGCCACUGAUCUCCUGGAUGUAGUUCCUGUAUAUGUACAUAUGUAAUUGGCAAAUUUUCAAGAAAUGAGAAUGGUUUAGCACAAUCUAAUUCAUGAUAAAGUUAAGUGGUUCAAAUUGCAAUAUUCCUUAGUCUGGUGAUUGACCUUUGCAAGUUCCAAGUUUGCCAGUUUUGGAGGGUGGGGAGCAGCAAUAGUCUGUAGACAACUAAGAAACUCCAAAAGCGAUAAAACGCUCAUGAAAACGUCAUGGUUUUUGGUCAUAAAAGACAGUUUAUGGCUUAGUGCUUUUUGAACCCACUCUGCUUGAGCUGGUUUUUGUGAGGAAGUAGUAUUCCUCAAACAAUGACUAACACUAGAAUAAGUUCCAACUCAUGUGCUCAUCUGCAUUUUGUGCUUAAAAGCAAUAUACAGUGUGACUCAGAAUAUGAUUUAGUUUUUCUGAAGAUGUUUCCUCUGAAAGGUACGGGACGUAUACAUGCAGUUUUGAUAAGAUUUCAAAACCAAGGAAUGGUUCUUUGGGGAAAUGUCCUGGAGGAAGGGGGCUGCAAAAAAGUUAAUGACGAAGUGUAGCAUAAACAGUGAUCUCAGGAAUGUUUUGAAUUAUGUUCUGUUAGCUUCGAGAGACAUUAAAUUUGUUUCCAUGAAACGGAUGAUAAUUGGAAAUGUCGCUGAAAUAUGGUUGUUCUUCCGUGUUUGUGUAAAAUGAACCAUGUCUUGGGUUUCCUGUUCGCUUAAUGUCGUUCACUUCUGGGAUAAGUUGAUGCUUUGAAUAUCGUUUAUUUUUCAUCUCACUCCUCGUCAUUGGAAUGGAAGGGAAACAUUACAAUUUACGUACCGUACCCUUAUUUUCGGAGCCCUCCUUGUCGUCGGGCCUAACAAAUUUUAUUCAAAUUAUUUAUGCUUGAAAAUUGAGAUAUCUUUCCUUCAAAAUAGAUUCUGCAGAGUAUCGGACGACCCUUGCUUUGAUAUUUAUUUAUUGUAUAUUACAUGUAGGUAAAUAUUUAUUUUCUGUCCGUUUAUUUUUUUCUGAAAUGUCGUUUUAUGGAACCGUAAAAAAAUUUGAUCUCAGUGGCAUACAGAAUUGUUUCGUGGCAGAUUCACCCCAAAAAAACUGCGGUUAAAAAUCUCUGCUAUUGUGUUACUUAACAGCGGUUAAAAAUCUUUACUAUUGUGUUACUUUCACCAGUAUAGGUAAGGAACUCAUUGGAACUAAUUCUUUGAUUUCAUUCCUUCUUUGUUACCAAUUUCAAUGACUUAAUACCAUCAUUCAUUCCUUACAAAGAGAAAAAAACACACAAGUAUUUUGCUAAAAUGAGCACAAUUUAGACAAUGUGUUUGCGUCAUUUCUCAUGUUCUCAAAGACAAUGUGAUAAAUUCUGAGUAUGAAGCCUUCGAAAGAUUAUGACUCGGAGAUUUAUAUUAAAUAUUCGUAUUUUUCUAAGAAAUUAAAAAAAUCAAAUCUGCACCAAAUGAUAAUUUUCACGUGCUAGUUUCGCCGUCGUCAACAAUAAUUGUCUGGAAAUUCAGAUCGAUUAUGAUUUCAAAAGUUGAUGGGAUGCAAUCAGUUAUUGUGUCUUAAGUUUUGUUGCAAUGUUGCACAAAAUUUACAUUCGGGGGAUAUUUUGUAAUUUCGAGUUUUUUGAAUUCUUAAAUAUUUUUAUGAAGAAAACAGAUGUGUUCAGUCCUGGUUCAAAAUGCUUUGUGUUAUUUGUCGAAUUUUCUAAAAAUCACUGUCCGAAUGUGUAAAUAUUUGUUGGUUCUACCCCUGAAUCUUGAAAUGGACUUGUCUCAUGUAUUGGAGGUGCAAUAAGUCUAGGUUGGACCAUUUGUGCACUUUAGGGGUGCAAGGUUGACUGUGUCUGCACUUUGCUAUAUUGACCAAAGAAAGUGUUGGUUGCUGGUUUCUGGUACCACACCUUCAUCUGUUGGCUUUGGCUGUUGAAAUUGGCAUCAGUAAGUAGUUUUGAGAACCUUCACCAGGUGGAGCAGUUGAUGUUAAAACCUGUUGAAUGCUUGUAUACUUGUGCCAAAUUCAUUAGCCCUUUAUUUAGGAAAUCAGUUCUGGAGCAUUUAUA